AAAUGACUCCGGUCUACCUUCCACGGAGUCACAGAACUGAGCGGCAUCGCAGAAGCCGACAUGAAUCCUCUGAUCGCGUGUAUGAUAGUCGGUCUGGCUGGGUUCGCCCUGGCUGAGCCGCCUUCCGGCUACAAUUACAACAGACCGAGCGGCGGUGGUGGCGGCGGCGGCGGUGGUUACUCCUUCGGCGGCGGCGGCGGCGGUGGCUUCUCCUCCUUCGGCGGCGGCGGCGGCGGCGGCUACACCCAGGUGUCUCCCGGCGGACAGACCAACGAGGGUGCAUCCGUGGACAGCGCCCUGCUCGAGCAGAUCCGACAGAUCCUCCUGAAGGAAGAGUCCCAAGGAGGUGGCGGAUUCGGCGGUGGCGGAUUCGGUGGCGGAAUUAGUUCCGGCUACAGUGCCCCGUCCGCGCAAUACGGUGCACCCCCAUCGACGCAAUACGGCGCCCCCAGCUAUCAGACCCGUGUCGUAGGCAUCGAUCUCGAGGGCAUCAGGCAGGCCAUCCAGGUCGCCCAGUUCAACCAAGUCAGCCAAGGCCCCGGAGGUUACCCCAGCGGACCUAGCAGCAGUUAUGGAGCACCCAGCAGACCAUCCGGUAGCUACGGUGCGCCGUUCUAAGGAAUUAUCUUGGGUUGGAUGAUGAGAGAGAGAGAGAGAAAGAGCGAGAAUGAGAGAAUGAGAGAGAGAGAGAGAGAGAGAGAGAGAAUGAUAAUGGCACCGGCCGACGACCACGACUACUUUCCGAGGCGCAGUUGAAAAAUACAUUACGUAAACAGACUACAGAGAAGAUCAGAUACACUUGAAAAAGGGUUAUAAUUGUCUACGCAUCAGAUUCUCUCACGAGGGAUACAUUCCUCAGGCUUGUCAACUCGGAAGGUCGUCGAUACCAGAAGCAGAGUAUCGAGCGAACCCGUUAGUUUCGCUACGGAUCGAGAUUCACAGAGCUGGAUCGCCGAAAACUGGCUAAGUGUUAGCCUUCGAUCAACGCCAGGGAUCCAGCUGGAGGACACGUCAGACGGAAACGUGCGCCCAAAGCAGGAAAUUGGCGAUCCGGGAUGGCGCCUGGUCCGUUGGGGAUCAAAAUAGUCGUCGCUUCAACGGGUCAGGGUCUCCCGGGAACUCGCCAGAGAAGAACUCGCGCAUCGUUUCCGGAGCAACAUCUCGUCCGGACCCCGGACUUGUCGGGAAUCCAAUAAGUCGUCGCUCGGACAAGACGGGGUCCGCGGGAAUGAUGUGAAUAUAUGUGGCCAGUUUAUUUUCCUUUUUUUUUCCUUUUUUCGAGGAAGACUCUCGGUCGCUCUCGAAGUCUCGAGCGCAGUCGGCGCGGUGCCGAAAAGUCUAUCGUACCAAAAUCGCAUCAAUCGUCGCGGUCAUCGAUGUCAGUCUCGCGCGAGACGCGAGGAUCAGUGAUAACGUAAGGAGGAGGCGAGCGCGAUCGCUGACACAGACACACAUAUCACACAUUCUUUCCGACAUUUCGUCGGGACAUUCAUAUAUAGAACGAGGAGGAAGAAGAAGGAGGAGGCCGACAAGCCGAAGACGUGAUCGGCGCGAUCAGCGCCUUGUAAAUAAAAUUUCUACACAAGAUCGCUAUAUCGCGGCGUCCGCUGCGUAAUUCGGUUCGGCUCUUCCAAUCUUGAAGACCUUGAGGAGAGCCGAUGGGAAUCCGUGGGAAGGUCCUGCGAAGGCUGAUAAAAAAAUCGGAGAAUUCCUGAAAAGAGGAUAAGGUCGAUUGGAAGACUAAAUCGGCCUCUAUCUGUCCGCGAGAAGACUCGGAGCGGAGGUUCGCCGUAAAACCGGAAGGGUGGAGCCUUAUUAAGGAGCGGACGCCGCCGUGUCGGGCGACACGUAUACGCGAAGCCACGAAUACACACUAUUUUUUUUUAUACCUACAUUUUAACGCUCUACAUCCUUAACCACGCAUCUUUUUGUACUUGUAUAAAGGCUUUUUUGUAGAAAAAAGAAUAAAAAAAAAGAACGUCGCCACCGUUAAAA